AUGUCCUACAAGCCCAUCGCCCCCGCCCCCAGCAGCACUCCCGGCUCCAGUACCCCUGGGCCUGGCACCCCGGUCCCUACAGCCGGAAGUGUCCCGUCGCCGUCAGGCUCGGUGCCGGGAGCCGCUGCCCCGUUCAGGCCACUGUUUAACGACUUUGGACCGCCCUCCAUGGGCUAUGUGCAGGCAAUGAAGCCACCCGGAGCCCAGGGCUCCCAGAGUACCUACACCGACCUGUUGUCGGUCAUAGAGGAGAUGGGCAAAGAGAUCCGACCCACCUACGCUGGAAGCAAGAGUGCCAUGGAGCGUCUGAAGAGAGGCAUCAUCCAUGCCCGGGCGCUAGUGAGAGAGUGCCUGGCCGAGACAGAGCGGAACGCCCGCACGUAA